UAUUCUUGAAUAAAAUGAUUACCUACAUUUAGUACUUUAAUCGUCAAUUGACCAAUUAUACACUAAAUAGUAAAUAAAACUAACGAAACUGGAAAAGUAUAAACUGUGAUCACUUUUUACAAAAAAGUAGAUAUUUAGCAAAGAAAUGAGAUGUUAAUGCUUAAUGCAUUUUAGUUAAAGUAAUUAUAAAAAUAAAUAUUAUAAUUAUACGCCGUGAAUUCUUUUUUAAAAUGCAAGAUACAAUAAUAAAUCAAGAAAUUGCCAACUUAGACCUAUCAAAGAUUGCAGCUUUGCAACAAAAACGUACAUUAGCUUUUGUGAACCACUUUGUAAUAACAACAGUCCAGUUUUUAAAUAAUUUUGCCAAAAGAUGUGAACAGAAACUGAUGCUGUUUGAGAGGAAAUUAGAAAAAAUCAAUGCUACUAUGGUGUUACUAGAAGCAAGGCUGUCUUCAAUUCCCGAAGUAGCACAAAUAGCAACAGAAAUAGAUAACCUAAAACCAAAGGAAUCUAUAGUUCAAACACCAAACGAAAUAAACGAAACAGUUACAAACAAUGAUGAUGACAAUAAACCUGAAAAUAAAAAUGCAACAGAAACAAUUAAACCUGAAUAUGAAAGAUUUAUUAAAAUGGUACAAGUUGGUGUACCAAUAGAUGCUGUAAAAUUAAAAAUAUCACUGGAAGGACUAGAUCCUAAUGAAUUAGACAAAAUAAUGAAAAAAUGAUUACUUUUAUAAGUUGAGAUUGAAAAACUGUUAUUCCAAAUUGUAUUUCUACACAAUUGAGUAUAUUUUUUAAUGUUUAUAAUAAUUAUAGUACAAUGCUGAGCUGUUAUGUUAUUGAAAUAGUUAAUAAAGGUUUAAUAAAAUG